GAUCUGAAGCAGCCCUUUCCCGCAGAGCGGCAAUGUGAGCCCCUGUCCCGGCCAUGGCCGAGCCCGCUGGAGGGAGCAGGCUGCACCCGCCGCCCGCGGGGCGCAGGAGGUGACGGACUCCUCAUGAGAGUCCCCAGCAGGGGGUCUUGGAGACUUGUCCUGUGUACGCCUGAUCCUGCACUCCCACCAGCCUGGGGACAAAAGUCUGGGCUGGGGGUGACCACAUGCCUCGCAGGUGCUCGGGACGCCGGGGAUCACUGCGUGCUGAGGCCAGCACGGAGACAUGAGUGGCAGCGCGAGCCAGCGCGCCGCCGCCCUGGGGGUCCUCUUUGCCCUGAUCAUGUUGCUGAUCAUCUACAGCUCCGGCAACGGGAGCGAGGUCUUCCCCUACAGCCGCCUGCGGGGCAGAGCCCGCCGGCCCCCCAACCUCAAGAAGUGGGGGGUGAAAAGCGGGUACCUGCCUGUCUGUGGGAACAAGACCCUGACUGCCCGCUGCCACCAAUGCGUCAUUGUCACCAGCUCCAGCCACCUCCUGGGCACCCACCUGGGCACGGUCAUCGACGGGGCCGAGUGCACCAUCCGCAUGAACGAUGCUCCCACCACGGGCUACAAUGCUGAUGUGGGCAACAAGACCAGCUUCCGUGUGGUGGCCCACUCCAGCCUCUACCGUGUCCUCAAGCGGCCCCAGGAAUUCGUCAACAAGACCCCAGAGACCAUCUUCAUCUUCUGGGGGCCUCCCACCAAGAUGCAGAAGAGCCUCCUGAAGAUCAUCCAGCGUGUCUGCGCCUCGUUCCCCAACAUGACAGCCUACGUUGUCUCCCCUGGCCGCAUGAAGCAGUUUGAUGACCUGUUUCGGGGAGAGACAGGGAAGGACAGGGAGAAGUCCCGCUCGUGGCUCAGCACUGGCUGGUUCACCAUGGUGAUCGCGGUGGAGCUGUGCGAUGCCGUCCAUGUCUAUGGCAUGGUGCCACCCAGCUACUGUGGCCACCACCCUCCACCCCGCCGCCUGCCCUACCACUACUACGAGCCCAAGGGCCCCGACGAGUGCACAACCUACAUCCACAACGAGCGGAGCCGCAGGGGCAACCACCACCGCUUCAUCACUGAGAAGAGGGUCUUUGCCAGCUGGGCCGGCCUCUACAACAUCACCUUCUCCCACCCCACCUGGACUUAGGGGCUGCCCCACACCUGCUGGGUAGACUCCUGGAGCUGGGAUGGAUGGGGGUUCCCCUGCAUCCCCCUGGGAGUGGGGGGAGCCCUGGCUCAGGGUGCCACCAGCUGCCUCCCACAGGACCACUGCUGUUGGUGGCUCCUUGCACCUGGGAUGUGUUGGGUUUUGAGCUGGUUUUUGGGGGCCAGGUGGUGAAUGUAAGAUUUGGGGUGUCCUCCCUCCAUGUGCAGGAUACUUGGGUAUGAUAUCCUGCCCCAUCCUGGUCCAUGCACAUUGCAGCCCUUGUGAGCCUAUAAGGGGGUUCCAGGUCCCCUCAGCCCAGUUUUGGUUUACACCACUUCUGGGGUCAACACAGAGAUUGUUUGCCCCAACCAUCUGGGUGGGGAGAUACCCUCAUGGAGCUCAGCCCCCCUCUGCCUUCCCCAGCCUCCUCAUCCCCAGUCCUCAGUCAUCCUUCCUGCAGCAGAACCCCACAGUUUUUGGUGGGACCCCAUGGGGGCAACAUUGCCACCCUCCCUGUCCCAGCACCCCAAAAACAUCAGCCACUCCUAGCACCGCUGUGCCCCAUACUGCCAAAAGCUUUUCUAACUGAAAGAUGGGCUUUUGGGGAGCUUUUUGGGGGUUUUGGCUUUUUUUUCUCCCUGCUUCUAAUCCUGGGGAUUGUACUUGGGUUUCCUGGAUGAAGGAGUGAGCAGGGGCUGCUCAUUAGUGAUAACAAAGGGCCAGCAGCUGCUUAUAAACAAUUUAGAAGUGGGCAGGUAAUGGGGGGCAGUGGUGCCUCUUGGUACCCUGUGGCUGGAACAGGACUUUGUUAUUAAUUUCUCAGCAGCAGAGAAGGUGAUCUGGGGAAAGCACCUAAAUACGGUGUGUGGCCUUGGCAGGAAUCCAUUCCUCAGUUUCCCUCUGGUUGGGGUUUUGGGGGGCUCGGUGCUGGGGGAAGCAGUGGGGCACCCAUGUUUUGUAAUUGUUUGUACAGGAAUAAAUAUUGCUGCAGUCUGUUACCUUGA